AUGUACGGAAUAUUACACCGUCAAGAUGUCUUCCAUCAGGGUUGCGUCGUGAUCACGUUUGCACAAAGUGAAGCAGCAACGCCCCUCGGCCCGUCAGAUCGCCUGUCGAGGCCUAUCUCGCUUAAACAGCUAGUUGGACUUAGUUACCGCACUUGUGUUGGCGGUGAGCUUUUUUCACAACGAUCGGAAGGGUACACUCUCCAUGUCACAGCGUUGUACGAGCAGGUUGUGGUCUCGUGGUCUAGGCCUGGGCAGCCGCAGAGAGAGGUCGGUAUCGCGAAGGAGACACUGGAUAAUCGCUGGCAUUGGGUAGCAUUGAAAUAUCGGCACAACCCACCGGCUUUGUUGCUCGAAGUUGAUAGGGAAUCGCAGGUGAUAUCAAACGUGAGGUGGAAUGGUGAAUUGCUAUCAGCCGGCGCCCUAGAAGCCAACGGUGCAGUGGUAUUAGUGGGUAACGUGUUCAGCGGAUGCCUUCACGAGGGCCCACAACUGAAGUUCCAUGCUGCGUAUCUUCUGCAGACCAAUGUGCGGUUUGGGCAUUGUCCACUAACGACUGAUGAAUGUAAAGAUAGAAAGGAUGUGUUACGGAUACCGCCAAAAGACCAUUGCUAUAACGAGCCGUGUUUGAGACACGGGGCUUGUAUAUCUAGACACGAUAGAUAUGAAUGUCAUUGCUCAGCUCGAUACAGCGGCAACAAUUGUGAAGUGGACGCGGACACUCGGGGGGACUACACGUGUCUCUGUCCUAAACAUUAUCACGGUAUGUACUGUGAACUGGAAGACUCGUUAGACCCGCAGUGCGUGGCGGGACCAUGUCGUAACAACGGAUCGUGUAGUGUGCCAACUGGAGCUGAUAGCUAUGUAUGCGAUUGCCUACCAGGUAAUUCUUUUAAACACGUAUUCUGA